AACUCAGUAGCCUAUUGACUCUUAUGGCGGUGGUACUGCUGGCUUGUGAGCACUCGACUCCUCUCAGUGACAGUUCUCAGUAGAAACACACUCUCGCCAAUCAGAACUAGUGAGAGUGACAGACGUGUGGUGAUGAUAUAAAUAAUCCUUCAGUCCUAUAAUAUAUAAUAAUAAAGACAACGUUAAGUCAUACUACUCAUAAGGUGUGAGGAUGUUGGGCCGAAGCCGGAUGCGUCGCGGGGUGAGCUUGGAGGUAAUCGUGGAGGAAGACGAUAACGCAGAGGUCGUCCUGGACCCAACGCCCCUUAUGGAAGACGAUGACGAAUGCCCUGACGAUGAUGAUGACGACGACUACAGCGAGAAUGCAGGACGGUCGGCUCCUAGCUCCCCUGAAGGUACUCAAGGAAAUGGAGGAAGAGGAAGAUCAGGAGGUGGAGGAUCAUCAGCGGAGGAAAGGAGGAGAAAGCGGGAGAGGAGGAGGACCAUAGGAGGACUCUCAAGGAUUCGCUCCGUGUCUUGUGAGGCCCUUACCCUUCUUGAUACCAGUGACAUGGAUUCGUGUUGUUCAGAGUGGGAUGACGAUGAUGAGUUAUCCACAGCCAGCAGUAAUUACGUCACAUUAAAUCGACCAAUUAGCAGACGGCGGAUCCUUGAGAGCAGCCAAGCACAGUGUGAUUCAGAAGACUCCGGGAUAGAGUACCAUUCCAAUGAAGACGAUCCAGUACUUGAGGACCAAUCAAGUAUCGAGGAUCGCAAAGAAACGGAUGAUUUAUCAGAUGACAUUCACGAUCAAGAAACUGCGACGGAAUCCGAGGACGAUACAGUUGAUGAACCACAACACCAACUUCAAGACCUUCCCCCAACAGUCACCCAUGAGACCUCCACUGACACACAAGCUGACUCGAUCACAAGUCCGAAUGCUGACGUAAACGCUGACAUAAACAUAGAGCCUAGUGAAGAUAAUAUGAAUGACACGAGUAUUCAAGAAAAUGCUGACGAUACAAAAGAAAAUAUUGAUAUACAAGACAACGCUGACGGCAUACAGGAAAAUGCUGACGAUACACAAGACAAAGCUGACGAUACACAAGACAAAGCUGACGAUACACAAGACAAAGCUGACGAUACACAAGACAAAGCUGACGAUACACAAGACAAAGCUGACGAUACACAAGACAAAGCUGACGAUACACAAGACAAAGCUGACGAUGCACAAGACAACACCGAUCUCCUCCUCAGCGCUAGAAAUGGGAAACAGCUAUUUGAAGAACGCGGGAAGCAGGGAGCUAAGAAGGAGCAGACGACAAAAGCUAAAUACCUACAAGAGUACAAAGCUAACGAGGUACUGGAGAACAAUAAGGUGGUGAUAGUGGAGAGGACGCCGCCAGUUCCCACCAAGAGGACAAUACUACCACGGGUGGUGGUGGACCCGGCUGAGGAGGAGCUGCAGCUGAAGCGCGCUGCCUAUACCAUCCGGAACAAGGAGGUGCAGCUGGAGGAGUUACCACGUCCACACACCGUGCGCAGCGUCAAGCAGCUGUUCGAGGACCUCAAUACUCCAGUCGACCACUUCCGCGCCUGGUGUGAUCUUGGUCGGUUCCGUGACAUCAAAUCUAACCCAUCGAGCAAGAUCUUAAGAUUCGACCGAAGUGAUAGUGACUCUUCCCGCCGCAUGAGAAUCGGUUCCUCGCUCACGCUGCCCCGUCUGCCCAGCCACCACAAGAACAACGUCGGAUCUACAACUGCCAAGAACACAAACCAGAAAUCACACAAAAAUAACUUCUGCUCCUCAACGUUCCCUAAGGAUUCAUCAAAGCAAAAUAAACCUUUACAAAAAUUGCAGAAACAGGAACAGGUAGCCACUCAAGGUAGCCAGCCAGUCACGCUCAGGAAGCCCACCGUGCAUGGGUUCAACGUGAAGAAGGCGCUGAUGGAGGACCCACGCUCCUUCCACUCUCACAGCCGCAGCAGCACCACCAGUCACCAAGGCUCCAACCAUAAUAAGACAACCAGUAACCACCACAACCAUAAAAGUCACACCCACAACAAGUCGCAACACCCGAGCGAGAUGACGACGGACCGGUCUGACACAGAGUCUCUGGCCUCUGACAUCAGUGAGGACAGUGGCCUCAGCAAUGACUCCCACAAUUCUUCAGCAUCAUCAGUCUCCACCUCCACGUACCGGGCCCUAGAUGCUUACGCCUCUGAUCCCAGCUUCAAGUGGAUCGACCCCGCAGUCAUGGCCAAGAUCAGGUCUGUGGGGACUACCGUUAUCUUCUUCGGCCCACGUCAGCGCCCCCGUGGUCACGACGGCACUCUCAACAAGCACUCCAGGACCACCCCAAGUGGUCUGCAGGUCUCCAGGAACAACCUCCCAGCAUCGGGUCUCUCUGUGUCAGGACGCAACUCUCUCUCCCCAAACGCCGCCAGAUCUACACAACAAAAAAUGUCAAAAUCAGGACCCGUGGCUGCGCCGAGAAUCGUGGGAGUGUUGAGGAAGCGUCCAGCCAACACCGGCCCCGCCGCCCUCACCGUUGACACUGCUGCUUCAGAUGACUCCAGAGCUUCUUCCCCUGGCAGCCGCUGCAGUGACGAUUCUUCUCCAGGCAAGACCGUCAGGUGGCGCAAUGAAGGUGACAACACCGUCGUCUAUGACUUCACCCGACCACAUCCUCCUUCAGCCUGGGUGUAACACUGUUCACCAAGCCUAUUAAGUCGACCAUGGGAGGGUGUCGAGGAGUGCUGGGUGUCGAGUAGUGGAGGGUGUCGAGGAGUGGUGGGUGUCGAGGAGUGCUGGGUGUCGAGUAGUGGAGGGUGUCGAGGAAUGCUGGGUGUCGAGUAGUGGAGGGUGUCGAGUAGUGCUGGGUGUCGAGGAGUGGUGGGUGUCGAGGAGUGCUGGGUGUGACGUCUCGCAUGCCGUUGUUGGUCUACAAAGCUUGUGAUGUGUAAACCCUCCGUCCAUAACUGCCGCUUCAGACACACAACCUCUCCCUCACCUCCUUAACACUUAACACACCCCUACCUCCCUAACACACCCACCUCCCUAACACACCCACCUCCCUAA